GAUAAAGCACCUAAAAUAAUCAUGGAUCAUCUACAGCUAUUAAACGACAAAAUCGAUGUUCAACAAAUUUAUAGCUUAGUAAACGACGCAAGUUGCGGGGCAUGUUCUCUCUUUGUGGGAACAACACGUGACAGUUUCGAGGGCAAAAAGGUGAUUUCUUUGGAGUACGAGGCAUAUGAGAACAUGGCUUUGAAAGAAAUGAGAAUUAUUUGCACAGACCUGAGAGUUCGUUGGCCUUAUCUGAAGCAUAUUGCAAUAUUUCAUAGACUUGGUGUAGUUUCAAUAGGCGAAGAAAGCGUAGUGAUCGCUGCUUCUGCCCCACAUCGAGCUGACGCGUUAGACUCGGUUGCAUUUGCCAUAGAUCAGCUGAAAGCUCGCGUUCCCAUAUGGAAGAAGGAAGUGUACGAGAGUGCAUCUAGCGAGUGGAAGGCGAACAAAGAGUGCUUGUGGUCCAAAGGGACUAAAUCGAAUCCGAAGAGUUUUGAUUUUUUAUCUUGUAAAAUUGAUCAAGCCGUUGAAAAUGUUCCGGGAAAAUUUGUGCAGGUUCGGGUCAACGAUGGCGAACUUGAUCGACGCGUCAAUUGUUUCUUAAAGCGAAAACGAUAUGAAAUAAAUUUACAUAAUAUAAUUGACUUCAAGCAACAUGUAAAAUGUGCAAACAUACCAGACACAAUGAAUGAUUCAUGUGCUCGCACCCAAAGCAUCCUUUUUAAACAGGAGCAGUCAAGAGGUCAUUUAAAAGUUCGAAGGACUUUUAAUGAGCAAGGCCCUCAAACAAAACCCAACUAUUCCUUUGAAUUGAACAAAUUAAUGGUAUUACAUAAGAAUACCAAAAGUGCUUCUAAAGACUCACUCAAUUUAAUUGGAAAUGCACGUUUAAGAGACAUUGAGCAUUUUUUAAACGUUCAUACUAACGAAUGCAAUAGCAUUUUUAAUAGAAUUAAACAUAUGGAAGAUAAGAUUUUGUUCUUAGAAUCCAUUUGCCCGGAGUACAAAUAUUACAUUCAGGCCGAGAUUGACCUGGAAAAACCUUUAAUUAAACGCCCAAAAAGAAAAGUCCACAGUGCUGUUGCAUUAGAUUCCAUAAUAUCUAAAAUUAAUAAAGAAAUUUAAAUAACGAAAGAAAUAAAAUGUUGUAUUCAUCAUAGAGCUGUAAAAACUUCGAUAGGGUCCUAUUCGAUGUUUUCGAUAGUCAUAGUCCAAACUACCGAUGUUUUCGAUAGUAUCAAUGGGAUUUGCAUCUUGUUCUUUUUUUUGUAUUUUAAGCUUAUUUU